AAAAUACCAUUUACACUUGCAAAUCAAGACAUGCAAAGGACUAGACAGACUGGAAAUUCAAGGUUCUUUAUGCAUCGUUAAGCCGUACCCAUUAUAUUUUUUUGCAGGACUAAUGCUCCGUCGGUAAACUUGUAAAUUUCUUCUUUCGGUUUGUUCGUUUCAGGAAAGAAACCCAGAAUGAGCGGAACUAAGGAAAUGAAGGAAGAAGGAGAGUUUCAAGUUCAUGUCCUGUUUAUUGAGAAUCCACAUUUGAAACCCAUUCCUGAUUUUCUGGAGAAUUGUAAACGCUAUAAAGAGGAACUUAAGUUGGACAAUGAUUUGGAGGAAGCAGAGAGAGAAUAUCGAGUUCUUCUGCAGAAAGCCAAGAGGCCCGAGUAUUCGAAAACUAGACCUCAUUACGAACGAAAUCUUUUUGACAUCGAGAGAAGAAGUCAAGCACCAACCCUCUACGAUGUUUUAAAUAUUGUCUCCAAAAGAUGUGCUUAUACCAAGUGGAAAAAAGCCAUGUCGGAAUUCAUUGGAUUGACGCCUAUCCAGACGGAGCCAAAGAAAAAG